AUGGACGUUGUUUUUUUCCGGAUUGAGCUUCAUUCCCGUCGGAAGAAUCGUGCGAUUGUUCGGAAGAAGAUUAAAAAGAAAAGUCUUGGGAGAGUGAUAAUGGAACAGCUUGAGUUCUCGGAUGAUUAUUUGAGAAAGGUAACUCUCUUUGGAGAAUUGUCGAAAUUUCCAGCGAUCGAUGCGUUGAGCAUGAAAACUCCAGGUUUCGAGGUUGUUCUAGAAUUCAUGGCGGAAGAAGUGAAUUUCAGAAAAAGUUUAAUCGAAGUGGAAGAAUGCGCCGACGUUAUCAUAACCGACAGAAAGAGGAUCGUCAGCUUGGACGAACGUAGGCAAAAGGAUCGAGAAGGUUUGCGAGCCAUGAAAAAUGCCGACGACAAGGUUUUCUACUGCGUUGGAUCGUUAUUGAUGAAACUUCCGACGAAGCGCGUCACUUCCCUUCUCGAGCAAGAUAUCGAAAGAACUGAGAUGCAGCUAGACAGUUUGAGAUCUGGACUCAAAAAGAAUGUGGAAACUUUGCGUCGCUUGGAAGGAGACGAAGCUUUGCGAGGAUUUGACCUCAAGCCUUUGAGUAGUGAAGAAAUAACCGGUUUGAAGUCCUGUUUGGGUGCUGUCUCCAUCAUGGCGGAGCGCCAUGAGGACGCGAAAGUAGCGGAUUUUGUAGAUUGUCACAAAGAUUUUUGUCGGUGCACUUCGAGGCAAAAUGGAAUCGUUCAACCACUUCUUACUGACCUGUAUCAGAUCACUAUGGCCUACGCUUACUGGAAAUCUGGUAAAGUUGAGGAUCACGCUGUCUUCGAUCUCUUCUUCCGGAAGAACCCGUUCCAGGGGGAGUUCACGAUCUUCGCAGGGCUUGAAGAAUGCGUGAAGUUUUUGGAUAAUUUUCACUACUCUGAUAGCGAUAUUCAAUAUUUGAAAGAAACUUUUUCAUCACAAACUGAUCCCGAGUUUUUUGAAUUUCUUGGAAACCUGACGGCGAAAGAGAUCACGUUGUACGCCAUUGAAGAGGGAUCCGUCGUUUUUCCGAGAGUGCCAUUGAUACGUGUAGAAGGUCCGCUGAUCGUUGUGCAGUUGCUGGAAACGACAUUGCUUACUUUAGUUAAUUACGCAAGUCUGGUAGCUACGAAUGCUGCUCGGUAUCGUAUAGCAGCUGGUAAGCAAGCGCGUUUGCUGGAGUUCGGACUUCGGCGUGCUCAGGGACCUGAUGGCGGUCUCAGCGCCUCUAAAUACACCUACGUAGGUGGCUUUGAUGGCACCAGCAACGUUCUUGCUGGAAAGCUUUUCGGAAUUCCUGUUUCCGGUACACACGCCCACGCGUAUGUUUCGUCUUAUUCGCAUUACGACGAGCUGAAACUUCGCAAAUUGCGGAAAGCUGGAGAAACUGAAGGGGAAGGAGAAGAUUUUGUGGAAAUCUGUCUGAAGUGGCGACCGAAGGUUUCUGAGACCUUGGGCAUCCUGGAAGAAGAAGCGAGUCACGGGGAGCUGGGGGCUUUCAUUUCAUACGCCAUCGCGUUUCCGUCCAAUUUUCUCGCAUUGGUCGACACUUACGAUGUUACACGAAGCGGAUUACUAAAUUUCUGCGCCGUUGCGCUAGCCUUGAAUGACCUCGGUUAUAGAGCUCUAGGAGUUCGCAUAGAUAGUGGGGAUCUCGCAUAUCUAUCCUGCGUCGUGCGGGACGCCUUCGUGAAGAUAGCUUCGGAGUACGACGUGGAUUGGUUUGCCAAACUGACGAUUGUGGCGUCGAAUGAUAUCAAUGAAGACACCAUUUUAUCACUGAAUGAACAGGGUCACAAAAUCGACGCUUACGGGAUCGGCACGCAUCUGGGUUCGCAUCACCGCCUUACUUUGACUCUAACCUAUCCCUUAUUUCUGCCUGCCCUACCCUUCAGUUCAUGUCUUCAGUUUUGUUUGAACGCGACCUUCAAGUUGCCCGAUGAUGGAGAGGAUUUUUCCGCCACUUUCUUCCCUUGCAUUCUCGGCGAUUCCGUAGUGACUUGCCAGCGGCAGCCGGCCUUGGGAUGCGUUUUCAAAUUGGUCGAGAUAAAUAAAACCCCGAGAAUCAAGCUGAGUCAGGAUGUGGAAAAAAUAACUAUUCCUGGAAAAAAGGAGGCCUAUCGACUGUAUGGCCACGAUGGACAUGCGUUAAUUGAUCUGUUGGUGUUACCGGAUGAACCUGAACCGCAGGCUGGGCAACGAGUGCUUUGUCGUCAUCCAUUCUUGGAAUCGAAGCGAGCUUAUGUUUGUCCAAGUCGUGUUCAAAAGCUGUACAAGGUAUUUUGGGACGGCAAACGAGUGGAGAUUGAAUCUCCGAAUCUUACAAAUAUUCGCAAUAAGGUGAAGGAUUCUUUGAGCAGCUUGCGUCAAGACCACAAACGAAACUUGAACCCAACCCCUUAUAAGGUGGGUGUUUCGGAUGCGCUGUAUCACUUCAUCCACGACCUGUGGCUGGAGAAUGCCCCGAUCGGCGAAUUAUCCUGA